UUGGGCGGUGACAAGCGGCACAGACUGUAAUUCCAACGAAAGGAAAAGGGACCGCUACAGAGAAGAUUUGGGCGUUUUAUACGGAUUUAGCUACUGAAAAUUAAUUGGAAAACGUGUGUUGUUUUGAAUAUUGUCCUUGUUCUUUUAUUUUGUCGUGUUUUGUGGCUUUUCUUCAACGACGAUCCCAAAAUCUCUGGACUACAGUUCGAUGCCUGAUCCGCUUCCAAGAGGGACAGCUGCUGGGAUUGUUUGGAUACUAUGAGGAAUGUUUUAUUUUUACCAAGAAAAACGUAGUAUUUUUAUGUUUUAACGUACGCCGAUUUUUAUAUUACUGCCUAAUUUAAUAUUACAGUUAUAAUUUUGCAAACUGGGCGUGUUAUUUGGGCUUUUUUGAUCGGAAUGCUAGCUCGUUAGCCGCCUAGCAUAGUUUCGCCGUGUUGAACGAAUGAAUGAACGGACUGUAUUGUAGCCACGAAAACAACUUUUUAUUGUUUUAUGUGAACGAUCCAACCCGUAGCGAAGGAGUUGGCGUUUAAAUACAGCAUGUUCUUGUCGUGCUAAGUGCCACAAAUGGACUGGAAUGUGGUUAGAAGUGAAAAUCGGUGAUUGAAGGAAGAGGCUAGAGAGAGAAUUUGGAUUUGCGCUAAUGUUUGGACGAAAAAGAACGUAAACUAGCCACGUUUAUUUGCACUAUUUGGACUGAGUUUGAAGCUUAGAGCCGUGCGGAGAUGGGGAACACUUUAUCAUGCUGCGUCUCCCCAGAAUCAAGCCCCAAACUCCCGUCGAGACAAGCUCCGGAGAGGCUGGAGGAGGUUCACACCAGUACCGACGUGAGCGACGACAACACCGGGCCCUACCUGCAGCACAUCAGCGACAGAGAAAUCCCCGAUGAGUUGGCGUUGGAGUCAAACCCCUCGGACCACGCUCGGGCCAGUACCAUCUUCCUCUGCAAGUCCCAGACAGACGUUCGAGACAGAAGGAAAAGCAACCACAUAAACCAUAUCAGCCACGUUUCUCCGGGCCCUUUGUCAAAGAAGUACAGCUCCUGCUCCACCAUCUUUAUUGACGACAGCACAGUCAGCCAGCCCAACCUCAAGAGCACCAUCAAGUGUGUUACAUUAGCUAUUUACUACCACAUCAAAAACAGGGACUCAGAUCGGUCGAUGGACAUCUUUGACGAGAAGUUGCAUCCAUUAUCGAGAGAGCCGGUGCCAGAGGAGUACUGCCGCAUCGACCCGGAACACAAACUCAUCUAUCGUUUCGUCAGGACGUUAUUCAGCGCGGCGCAGCUCACGGCAGAAUGCGCCAUUGUCACUCUGGUGUACCUGGAGCGCCUGCUGACUUACGCCGAGCUGGACAUCUGCCCGGCCAACUGGAAGAGGAUCGUUUUGGGGGCCAUUCUUUUGGCGUCGAAAGUUUGGGACGACCAGGCGGUUUGGAACGUGGACUACUGCCAGAUCCUCAAGGACAUCACUGUGGAGGACAUGAACGAGAUGGAGCGUCACUUCCUGGAGCUGCUGCAGUUCAACAUAAAUGUCCCGGCAAGUGUUUACGCCAAAUAUUACUUUGACCUGAGACAGCUCGCCGACGACAACAACCUGAGCUUCCCCCUGGAGCCACUCAACAACCAGAGGGCCCAAAAACUAGAGGCCAUCUCUCGUCUGUGUGAGGACAAGUACAAAGACCUGAGCCGGGCCGCAAUGAGGCGCUCCUUCAGCGCAGACAACCUGAUCGGAAUCCGCCGCUCCAACGCCGUCCUCUCUUAGGUCCUCACUUGGGUUUUCACGGUCCUCUUUUAGGUCCUCACGGUCCAACGGUUUCUACACAAACUCCUCUUCCUCUUCCUCUGUUUGACCCCGAACAAAACAUUUAACCAGGACUCAAGCCAAAAUUACUACAAAACGUACAACAUUCAGGAUGGAUUGGAGGUUUAAAGGCGCGCUGUGUAGCUUUUCUGUAGAGGUCUGUCACUGUCUUGUCGCCAUAGAAAUGUUUUUGCUCCACCUGCAAUCAAAAUUACUUUUAUUCAUCUGUUUAGGAAUUCAGCAGACCAGUAAAAGAAAUAAAAAUUAAAAGAAAUUAAGUUAAAGAUCGGAUCUGUGGAGAGGCGGCCACACUCAGUUAAAGCACUUGUUUUUGUUGGCAUGAAACGAAAUUGCCUGUGAAUGGAUGAAUGCAAGAUGGGAAGUUUAAUGCCAUAUUGCGGAAUAUUCUUGGCAACGCAAUAACUUCACCAUGGUGACAAGCAGGUAGCAGACCCCCACAGAAAAGCUACGCAAUGCACCUUUAAAAUUGUCUGUUACUUCCCCAUGUCCACAGUAAACGUUGGCUUGAAGGUUGGUGACUAUAACAGGGUAAUAGUUUCUUCUGGAUUUUAUGAAAGUUUCCACAUUACAAGACGACAGCUGCAGACUUAGAGAGGUCCUGUCGGUUUAGUGCCAAUUUUACUUCGAUUUUACAGCUUUUUUUUUUUUUUUGGAGGAAUCUUAAUCUGGUAUAGGCCUUUUCUUUUUUUUUUAUUAUUUAUAUAAGUGUUUUCUCAUGAUGCCACCACACUUGGACAGAAGCCCGUUUGGAUUUCCAGAGAAUUUGAAUAUGAUUUUGUUUUAUAUGUUAUGUUUUACCAAAGAGCUUAUGUUUAUAAAAAAAAAAUACAUUUGUGCAAAAAAGAGAUUAGUCCGCCGAUGAUGUUAAUACAGAUGUUGGAAUCACCAGUGCCAUCUUAGUAUUGACAAAAAGAAUGCAGUUUUGACUUUUUGUUAACUCCCAUCAGGAUUUAUAGAUGGAUUUUGAGUCUUUGAGUCUUGGCCAAUACGCGAACGGCAACACAGUCCAGAGACGGGACAUAGAAGUUAAAAAAAAUAAUAAAAAAAUAUAAGCCAAAGAUACAAGGUUUUUAGUUAAAUGACCAUAUUAAAGGUUCUAAUCUGUUUUUUAAGACUAUAUCCAAUUUUUAACCUGCCGUUUUGUUUUGUACAUUGAUAGCUAUAUAACUGAUUGUGUGAAAAUUGGAGAGGCUCAUACAAGAGUAUAUUUUAAGAUACAAUUAUAAAAUAAUUAUGUGAUUUAAGAAAAACUGUACCGCUGUAAACACAAGAAAAAAUAUGAACUACAAUUGUACAUCUUUGUUUACAAUUGGAAUAUAAGAGGAUGAAGUCAAGUCCUAGUCUGUAAUGGUCUAUAUGUAUCAGAGGUCUUUAAGUCUUGGUUUGGUUCACGUUUAGACCUGGUUUAGUCCGGGUUUUGACUUGGUUUAGUCCUGGUUUUGUGCACCUCUCGGGACCGCUGCAGUCGUCAGUAUUAGAGAUUUUAGUCCUGGUUUAGACCUGGUUUAGUCUUGGUUUUGUGCACCUCUCGGGA